UUUUGACAAUUUACUCGCAAGUCGCAUGCUUCGUCUUUUUAUUCUUAUUUGUUAGGCGGGAGGGAAAGAUCUCGCCUUUAAGCCCAAAGCUCUGAUUUUCUCAAAGUUCUCGAUCUCUGAUUCUCUCCUAACUCCUAAAGAGGUUUAUUGCAGAGGGGGGGUGUGUGUAUUAUAGAAGAAGAUGGGAUAUAUAGGGGCUCAUGGUGUCGCUGCGCUUCAUAGAUACAAAUACAGUGGAGUGGAUCAUUCAUACGUUGCAAAAUAUGUUCUGCAACCCUUUUGGACUCGAUUCGUUAACUUUUUCCCACUUUGGAUGCCACCAAAUAUGAUUACCCUUACAGGAUUCAUGUUCUUGGUCAUAUCCACAUUCCUUGGUUAUAUAUAUUCACCACAUUUGGAUUCACCUCCACCAAGAUGGGUGAACUUUGCACAUGGCUUGCUGCUCUUCUUAUACCAGACCUUUGAUGCUGUAGAUGGGAAGCAAGCAAGACGGACAUCUUCCUCUAGCCCAUUGGGGGAGCUUUUUGAUCAUGGAUGUGAUGCACUUGCCUGCACACUUGAAGCCUUGGCCUUUGGAAGUACUGCUAUGUGUGGAAGGACUACUUUUUGGUUCUGGGUGAUUUCUGCAGUUCUGUUUUAUUGUGCAACAUGGGAGCACUUUUUCACCAAUACCCUUAUUCUGCCGGCGAUCAAUGGACCUACAGAGGGUCUGAUGCUGAUUUAUUUGAGUCAUUUCUUCACAGCUAUAGUUGGUUCUGAGUGGUGGGCUCAACAUCUUGGAAAAUCUCUGCCAUUUUUGAGUUGGGUUCCAUUGGUAAGCGAACUCCCUACAAACAGAGCUGUGCUGUUUCUAAUGAUAGCUUUUGGUGUUAUACCAACAAUCUCAUUCAAUCUGGUCAAUGUUUAUAAAAUCAUCCAGUUAAGGAAAGGAAGCAUGCUGCUGGCCUUGGCAAUGCUUUACCCCUUUGCUGUGCUCUUGGGUGGUGUACUGGUGUGGGAUUACUUGUCGCCACAUGAUAUAAUAAGGAACUACCCUCAUUUGGUUGUAUUGGGAACUGGACUAGCAUUUGGUUUCCUUGUGGGGAGAAUGAUUCUGGCUCAUUUAUGUGAUGAACCCAAGGGCUUAAAAACUAGCAUGUGCAUGUCUUUGCUAUAUCUCCCUUUGGCCAUUGCAAAUGCUCUUACUGCCAGAUUGAAUGAUGGAAUCCCUUUAGUUGAUGAGAGAUGGGUUCUACUGUUGUAUUGUGCAUACACAGCUGCUCUUUAUCUAUAUUUUGCCAUUUCAGUGAUUCAUGAAAUAACGACAGCCCUCGGAAUAUACUGUUUCAGGAUAACAAGGAAAGAAGCUUGAGAGAGAGAGAGAUGUGCUUCUGUUGCACUUUUGUGUUAUCCUCCUCCUCCUCCUCACUCCAGCUUAAAUACAUUCUUUAAGCUCAGACUCAGUUGCUUUACUUCCCUCGAUCCUCUUAAAUGUAUUUUUGGGCUUCGAAAACAACUUUGCUGCGAUAUUUUUCAGUCUUAAUCUUCGUGCUCCAAUCUGGAUGCAAAGCAGCAGACUGGUGAUGAUCUUCCAGCUGCAAUUUUUGGCUUCUAAGGUUUUAGGGUCUUCAGAAGAUUCAGUUCACUUCACGGGCUGCGGCAUAUUUAGUAGCAGGCGAAAUGGGUGGGCUUUUUGCCUAAGAUUUUAAGAAUGUAAAUUUUAAUUAUAUGGAAGCUAUAUCUAUAUCUAUAUAUCUCGUUGUUGAUAAUUUGCUUCUGAAGUUAGGUUUGAGCAUUUGUGCGUUUGUCUGGAAUGAUAAUGAUUUUAUAUAUAUUGCAACUGAUAUGGAAAAUAUAUAGUCGUUGCAUUGAAUUGAA